AAUGUCAAGGCCAUAACUGGUUUCUACUACCCAGAAUGCCCUGGCAAUGCUUCCUGGCCUUAACUGUGACUGUCGCUUCUCUGAAGAAAUGAGAUGUUCUAAGUGACACUCUCAGAUUUUCUGGCUUCUCAAAGUUCUGAAGGUCUUAAGUCCGAAGUCAAGGUGGUGGCAGGUUUGGUUCCUUCUGGAGGCUCCGAGGAAGAAUCCAUUCGAUGCUUUUCUCCAGCUUCUGGGGGCUACAGUUGUGACAGGAACAUCCAUAUUCCAUUUGAAAGUGCAAGUCCGGGAAACGUUUAGUAGGCAGCGCCUUGACCCUCUCAUCCAUCUCAUCUCUAUCACAGAUCUGCUUUGCUGUUUUCUUUUGGCUGUGACAAUCUUCCAGAUUGCCAUUAUAGUAGCAAUUCACCACCGGUACCAACAAGAAUACCAUAUGUGAUUUUGUGGGAGGUUCACCAACUUUAUCAAAAAUUGUUAUAGGACCACUGGACUCAUUCUGUACUUGAUCAUCAUAAUUAUAUCAACAGCCUGAUUUCUGGACCAACCAACCACAGAACCAUCGUCAGCCCCACAGGAUUCAUUGCCGCCAAGAGUCCAUUUGCUGCAGCUUUUACGAUUAUUUUAUCUUCUGAGAAGAACAGCAUGGAGUCUCUGUCAAUCCCUGAACUAAUUAGUGGACUUAUUGAUUGUGUUGCUCAGUUAAUAAGAAUAGCUGAAGAGAUUUUGCAAUUAUUUUCACAGGAACAAGUUCCUUGUGUAGAGCAAAAUGAGAUAGCAGAACAAAAUGAGGCAGCAGAACAGGUAGAAGUAGAUUCAUCUCCUUCUGAGGAAGGCUCACUACCAGACCUCGCUGACUUCUCAGACUUGGAAUCAAUACUUACAGUAAGAGAAGAAGAAGACCUAAUGUUUGAUGUAGAUCAAGCUAUGUUUGACAUGGAAAACGUAUAUGAUGAUGUACUCGCUGGUAUAAAUGAUGAUUUAAGAAGUGGGUGAAAACUCACCAGCAUUUUUCAAACAGUUUCUUUUUUUGUUUCUAAUAUUUUCUGAUUUUUCUGAAUAUUAGUAAUAAGAAUUUUCUCCUAGUUCUGUAUAUUUUCCUUACUAAUACCAUAUAGAACCAGUAAUAUUUGAUUUAGUUACAGCAGGCGCUGGUCUCUUUUCUUCAUUGUACUUAUUUUAAAAACUUUGACUUUAGUGAUAUGGAUUUUUCUUUACCUGUACUUGUUCUUCUGCUAAGAUUCCUGAUAAGAGGCUCAAAAACAAGGAGAAUAAACUCCUCACCGAACAAUGCAGUGAAGACCUGAUGAACUCUAUCACAUCUUGAGACCCGAUUUCAUUGUUCUACAAUGAAUGGAAACCGAAAGGGGCAUAAUCCCCAGGAUGGCCUUAUAGUGAAUAUAUCUACAUUAACAGGACAAUAUUGGGACACUUUUAUUUAAGAAGACGUAACUUCUUACUUAAAAAGGCCCCCAUACUAGGCCUUUAAGAAAGUGUGUCAACCAUUGGAUUCUAUAGCAGACUAGGGGAAAAAAUUCUGGAAAAGCAACAUCUACCAGAUACUAAAACUGCAGAAAGGUUUUCAGAUAACUUCUGCAGGGGAGAAAGUUUUCAAAAAGCUGAGGCCAAGAGGUUGCAUUCAUUGCAGGACUAUUUCCUCAAAUGCUGGCCCACAUUGAACUACUCUGAAACAUUGUUCUCCAAAUGGAAAUGGCAAAUUUUAGCAAAUAACGAGAGAAGUACUAGUACUAGAAGGGCUAGAUAAAGCUCUAUAAGGACUAGUCACCAAUGGAAAGUCAGAUACUUACGGCAUAGACUUAGAGAUCAUGGUCCACAAGUAGUAGUGGAUAAAAUGUAUCUUCUUAAGUAUAGUAAAAUUUUUAAAAUAUGUUUUUGUUGAUUUUUAGAAAGAGAGGA